GUUUUUAUAAACAAAAUAUCUACUUGAAAUCCUUUGAUAUACACGUCACCUAUCAUGGCAAUGAGGAUGAUUUUCGAAAUGCGUAUGCAAUGGUCUCCAUUUUCAGUAAUAUAACAUUUUGAUUGAAAAUGACAUUUCAUCUUUUUGGUGUAUUUUUCGCAGUACUUUAGCAAUCGCGGAUGUUCAAAUGACGAUUUUGAUAAUAUAGUUGUCCAGGUACAAAAUGAAGUAAAGAGAAGAAAAAUCUUCCCGAGGAGUCCAGCAAUAGAAAAGCUAUGAUUUUCAAAGUGUACAAACAAUUAAAUCCGGAUUGCUUUGUUCUCCAGGAAUCAUUUUUGAAUCACCAGUUUCUAAGAAUUGUGAAUUAUGCAAGGUCAAAUGGUGCAAGCUACAAUGCCCUGUUAUCAAUUCCUGAAUUCAGAGCUCAUCAUGUUCCCCAAAUUUAUAGUUUUCCUAUGUUCACUAAAGAUAUUUGUGAAAUGUUGAUGGAAGAGUUUGCAUAUUACAACCAAACAGAUUUACCGAAAGGAAGGCCAAAUUCUAUGAAUAAUUAUGGAGUUCUUCUGGACGAGCUUGGUUUUGAUGAUCGUUUUCUCGAUCCACUAUUCGAAGAUUACUUAAAACCAUUAAGUCGAAUCUUAUUUCCUGAAGAAGGCGGUAGUACGUUGGACUCGUAUAAAGCAUUUACGGUGAAGUAUGAUAUGCAAAAUGACCAAAGUCUUGGAUAUCAUUUUGAUAAUGCUGAAGUAACUUUGAAUUUAUGCAUUGGAAAGAAUUUUAUUGACGGUGAACUUUAUUUUGGUGACAUGAAAGAAGUUGCUAUUGCGCAAAGCGAAUGCACUCUGAUGGAUCACAAACAAGGAUAUGCUGUUUUACAUCGUGGUCAGCAAAUGCAUGGUGCUUUACCAAUACAGUCUGGAGAACGACAGAACAUAAUUAUAUGGAUGCGAUCUUCACAUGAAAGAAACAGAAAAUGCCCCAUGUGUUCAAGAAAGCCGGACUUAAUCGCGGUGGCUGGAAAAGGUGAUGGCUUUACAUCCCCUGAAGUAUCCAUUUGUACAACUUCGUAACGUUUACAUCCUAUGAAAUAUCCAUUAGUACUACUUUGUAACAUUUACAUCCUCUGAAGUAUCCAUUUGUUCUAUUUCAUAACGUUUACAUCUCCUGAAGUAUCCAUUUGUUCUACUUUGAAAAUGCAUACCAAUAUAUUUUGAUUUGCAAAAAAAAUUCAAGCUGCUGUAGCCUUGGCAUGUGACAAGUGUGAGCUAGUUGUUAUAAUGUACAAUUUUUUUACCUAUGGCAAACAAGUAUUGGCGUAUUACAUUGACUGUUUUACGAUUGUAACUAAAUACUCCAAAUUUUAUUGAAAACAACUAUUUUUAUAA